AUGCAUAUUUGUGGAGUUCACACUGUACAAUGCUGCGUCCGAUCAUUUCACAAAUGUAAUUAUUGCGUUUGAGUUUGCCAACUUUGGAGUAAUAUAUCCUUCUGCCUUCAUCAAUUCUGCGAAUCUCUUAAACGAAGCAGAGAAAAUACCGCUUUGGCUACAGCUGAGUGAGGGAAUUAUGGUCAUUUGCACAUUGUUUUACACAUUUGUGGAAAUUCAAAAUUUUCGCAAAAUGAGCUUCAGGAAAUACGUGGGAAAUUUCUGGCGCUUCUCAGAGAUGUUUACAGUGAUUCUAACGUGUGCUGUAGGAAUAAUCUUCUUCUUGAGAUAUUACGAAUUUGUGGAGAUCCUGAAGGACUUUCAAAAAUACGGGCACACGCGUUUCCUUAACUUCGAGGCUGUCUUUCAGAUGCACGAACAUCUACACAUAGCCCUGGCAGUUUUGGGUGGUGUCGUCAUUUUCAAAAUGUUGAAAGUCACAGCGUUCAACCCUUUAGUGGUGAUAACCUUCAGGUCGUUCCUCAACGCCCAGACAAACAUGUAUGGCUUGCUGCUGAUGACGGCUAUCUUGUUUUUUGCAUUUGCUGUCACGGGAAUACUUCUCUUUGGGGCCAUCGUGCGAUCCUAUAGGUCCUUUACUAUUACUUUGUUUACUCUUCUAUUUUUCAUUAUGGGAGAGUCAGAAUAUGAUUCUGUGGUAGAGGCUAACUUUUUUUUUGGACGAGUAUAUUUCCUCGUUGUGAUGGUUUCUUCUCAGUAUCUCAUUGUCAACUUUUUCUGCUCUAUUAUCUACGAAGGGUUUGAGCUAACUAGAUAUAUGGCAUUCAGAAAGGAGCGAGAGACUAUCAAGUAUAUGAUCGACAGACUAAAAUUCUAUUCAAGACUCGGGCCAAGCAAUGUAAAAUCAAAGAAAUCUAAAACUGUGUAA